UCUCUCUCUGUUUCCUCUCCGACUAAAAAAAAUUGAACUUGCAUUUCCCCCUGUUUUUUAAGAAAGAGAAGAAAAAAAAAAUGCAGAGCCUGUGAAGCUAGCGACAGGUUUUCUAAUCUAAGUUGCUUCCUUCUUCGUGUAAAAUUGAAGACAGAGUGAGCAUUAUUUCAAGUCUCUGGAGUUCACAGCUUGUUAUCUGUAAGGAUAAGGAGAUUUAUGAUCUGAGAAUUGGAAGGGGAGAGAGUUAAAGCAGUUUUUGCGUACCAUCUCCAAAUUAAGUAAGGAUUUUUAUUUUUGUUGGUGUUUAACCAUGGGAAACAAUGAAGAGGGAAAGUCUUCUGCGUCUGAUAAAUCUUCUCCUGCCCCGCAAGAUCAGACCAGCAUUCAUGUGUAUCCUGAUUGGGCAGCUAUUCAGGCAUAUUAUGGAUCCCGAGUGGCUCUCCCGCCAUAUUACAACUCGGGUGUGGCGUCUGGCCAUGCCCCCCAUCCUUAUAUGUGGGGCCCGCCGCAGCCUAUGAUGGCUACUUAUGGGGCACCAUAUGCAGCAAUCUAUUCACAUGGAGGAGUGUAUGCACAUCCGGCUGUUCCGAUUGGAUCCCAUCCGCAUGGUCCUGGGGUUCUGUCAUCUCCUGCCGCUCAUACCCCUUUGAGUGCAGAAACACCUACAAAAUCUUCAGGAAAUACUGAUCAGGGUUUAAUGAAGAAGUUGAAAGGGUUUGAUGGGCUUGCAAUGUCAAUAGGCAAUGGUGAUGCUGAGAGUGCAGAGGGUGGGAGUAGGCUACCUCAGAGCAUGGAGACAGAAGGUUCCAGUGAUGGAAGUGAUGGGAAUACAGCUAGGGGCAAGAAAAGGAGCCGUGAGGGAACACCAACUGUUGAUCAUCAUACCACAGGUGGAGAUACAAAAACAGAGACACAUUGUAGCCCUCUUCUUGGAGAGGUGAAUCCAUCCACUGACAAGGUUUUGGGUGCAGUUGUUGAUCCUGGUAUGACCAAAGCAUUGGAGCUCAGAAACCCUCCUAGUGUGAAUGUUGCUAAGACAAAUCCUGCAACUAUUCCUCAACCUGGUGCCAUGCUGCCUUCUGAAGCCUGGUCACCGAAUGACCGGGAGCUGAAACGAGAGAGGAGGAAGCAAUCGAACAGAGAAUCUGCUAGAAGGUCAAGAUUAAGGAAGCAGGCCGAGGCUGAAGAACUCGCACACAAAGUAGAAACUUUGACUACAGUGAACAUGGCACUUAAAUCGGAAAUAGAUCAGUUUACAGAGAAAUCGCAGAAACUAAGGCUUGAAAAUGCAGCAUUAACGGAGAAACUCAAGAAUGCGCAACUAGGACCCACGCAAGAAAUGAUUUUAAACAACAUUGAUGAGCAGCGAAACUCCAACUCUGGUGCCAAGCUACAUCAACUCUUGGAUGCAAGCCCCAGAGCUGAUGCUGUGGCUGCUGGUUGACGAAAGUAGCUUGCUUGCAGUCCCUCAUCUUAUAUUUCAAAGCAACCAUUUAGUUUUGGCAUAAUUACAAGCCCAAAAUUACGGUUAAUAGUUUAGCUGUUGAUAGAAUAUCUAAAUAGGAUUGGCGCCGAUCCUCGAGACUCUUAAUUUUAACAUGUUAAGGUAGCUCUCUCAUGGCAGAACUGAUGCGUUUUAUCAAUAUUCAGUGCUGGGAUGGCCAUUGAAAGGUAAUGUACAUUGAAGAGAUUUAGAAACUCAUUCAGGGAAGGUUUGGGUACUAGUGGUUUAUAAAUAUUUCUGUUUGUGAAAUUUUAUCAAAUAGUGACGUGGACACUUUGAUAUGAGCUUGAGACGAUCGUGCUUCUAUACAAGACAUGCUCUUGCUAUUAUUAUCUCAUUUACAUCAUGAAUUAUGACU